CCUACUUAUCUUGUUAUCGCGAAGUGUCAGUUUGGCCCGAGUAUCAGUUGCGCGCGCGCGUACAAAACAAUUUUAUUUAUAUUUACGUAAAAUAAUAUAAUGUUAAGAAACCCAAAUUAUGUGUACGGACCCCGUAAUGUCGUGGUGCCGGCGAAUAUCAACUUUGGAGACUAUAUUUUGGAACAAAUGUGGACGCAUAGACAGAAAAUUGCUAUGAUAAAUGGAGCUACAGACGAACGCCUAACUUACUCAGAUAUAAUCCAGCAAUCAAUGAACUUUGCAGUCUCGCUCAAUCGUAUGGGAGUCAGAAAAGGAGACACCAUUGGACUAUUGUCAGAGAAUAGACAAGAGUUCUGGGGAGCUGUCAUCGGAGUAGCUUGCUCUGGGGCUGUUUUAACUACUAUUAGCACUGGAUAUGUAAAAGGCGAAAUAAUUCACGUAACAAACAUAUCAAAACCAAAAUACAUCAUCUGUUCUCCACUUAUGUACAAGAACCACUCGAAAACCUUAAAAUCCCUCAACUUCGUUAAGGACAUCAUACUUUUUGGCGCCGAAAAACAAAAUGGCUUCACAAUGUACAACGACUUGGUUUUUGAAAGUAACGGUUUUGUGAAGAACGUAGAAUAUGGACAGUUUCAUUCCGUGGAAGUCCAGGGUCAGACUGAUACGCUUUUCAUCAUGUACUCUUCGGGAACCACUGGCUUGCCGAAAGGAGUGAUGACCACACAUUUGAAUGUUAUCACUGCUUGUUGUUUGCCAGCAUCACACGACCCCAACUCUAUGACUGUCACCAUAACCCCAUGGUACCAUGUGAUGGGGCUGGUGGGGACGCUGACUGCCUUCAUCACGGGAAGAACGGGGGUCUACCUUCCCAAGUUCGAAGUCGACUUGUAUUUGAAGACUAUUGAGAAGUAUCGGGCAGUGCAACUGACAGUGGUUCCACCAGUCUUAGUGGCAGUGACCAAGAAGGAGACUCAGUAUGAUCUGAGCUCCGUCAAGAUGAUCUACUCAGGCGCAGCUCCAUUGCACAAGGAUACUAUCAAAGCUGUUCAUGAGAAAUUCCCCAACUUACAAGGAAUAUACCAAGGCUACGGGUCCACUGAGCUGACGCUGGCAGUGCUGAGGUUCAGCGUGCGCGACCCUAACGUCCACAAGCUGGGCAGCGUUGGAACUGUGUCCCCUAAUACUGUGAUAAAGGUAGUAGACAUAGAAACAAGAAAGCCUCUAGGACCAAACCAGACCGGAGAAAUAUGUGCCAAGGGUGGGUUGCUCAUGAAAGGCUACGUCGGCAAGAGUAAGGGUACCGACUUGGAUGACGAGGGGUUUUACAAGACUGGUGAUAUUGGGUAUUAUGAUGAUGACGGGUACUUCUUCGUGGUCGAUAGGCUUAAAGAGCUUAUUAAGUAUAAGGGGUAUCAGGUACCCCCAGCAGAAUUAGAAGCAGUUCUCCUACAGCACGAAGGUAUAAAAGAUGCAGCAGUCAUAGGCAUUGAAGAUAAGUCGGCUGGGGAGGUGCCUCUGGCCUUCGUGGUGGCUCAACCGGGAGUUACUGAGGAUGAUGUCAAGAAAUUUGUGGCUGAGAGGCUAUCAAAUCCCAAACAUCUUCGAGGUGGAGUUCGGUUCGUGGCUCAGAUACCGAAGUCACCCAGCGGGAAGAUAUUACGCAAAGACUUGAGAAAACUGUUGAAGACUGCUAAGAGUAAACUAUAGUAUAGCUAUACUAAG